AUGGUGAACGCUGCUUCCACCCUGCUCGGGCUGGCGCUUGACCAAUCCAUAUCUCCCACACCGAGGAACAACCCAUCUAGAAGCAACGCUACUAAAGUCGUCAUCGUCGAAUCUUCACCGAGGUCCGCUAUACUGGCCGACUCUUCGCUGAGCUCCAGCCACACCUUUGGAUCUAGGCUCCAAACCCUCUUGGAACAUCCACGGCUAGGACGCCGAGACCGCGUCAGCCUCCUAACAGACCCAGGAUUCGGUACAGCCCUGAAGCCUCGGGAUGACGCGCCCCCGCUCCCCUCGGAGGAGGAGGCCCGUAGGCUCUUCGACAGCAUGACCUUCUUCAUCGGGCACACCCAGCACCACGUCGACACGCGCGAGUUCUCAGACCGCCUUGCCUUCUUCUACUCGAACCUGAGCGAUACGUCGCAGACGCAGACGCCGUGGUACCUGGAGAUGCUGCUCGUGUUCGCCAUCGGCAAGCUCUUCUCGGGGAGCUUCGACGACGACGAGAGGAACGGGCUGCCCGGUUCCACCAUGUUCGCGUACGUCCAGUCCAAGCUCCCGAGCCUGAGCGAGCUUUCCGCUCUCCGGCUAGCGACGACGCAUGGAUAUCACCGCAAAUCGGGGACAGGCCACCUGUUGCAGUCAGAAAAGGUGCACCUGAACCGGCUGUGGUGGACGGUGUACAUGCAAGAGAGACGCCUCGCUGCCGCUACCGGCAACCCCUCGGGUAUCCUGGACGAGGCCAUCGAGGUCGACAUGCCCAAAGACUCGCCGGGCUUUCCGCCGGCUCUUCCUCUGCGAACCAACAUCAAGACUGCAAGGGUCACGGGGAGGAUCCUGCCGACCAUCUAUGGACCCGGCACACAUCCCGAAGAAACCUUCGUCCCGGACGUGCAAGGCAUUGUGCGGUCGCUUUACUGGAUCGCGAAGGAGAUUCCAAGUGAAUCGCCGACCAACACGUUCGACUUGGCGUCCACCGAAGGGGACGUUUCGCUGAGAACGUCGGCAUAUCUCCAUAUGAUGCUUUACCAAGCGAUUCUUUUGACCAUUCGGCCCGUCAUGCUUCACGUGUCAAAACUCAUCUUCGACCAAGAAAGCGGCGGCGGCGACUUGCAGCUGGGAGCAUCGCCGCUGGGACGGCUUAGCCGGACGUGCUCGGAAGCGGCACGUCGGCUGCUGGAGGUAUUGAUGUCGUUACGAAAGAAGAACAUUUUGACAACGUUUGGUUUCUUCGACUUGGACGCCAUCUUCUCGGCUGCCUUCAUCAUGAUCCUGACGCUCAUCAUCGACCCGACGUGCGAGGAGGGCGGGAAGCUGGCGCCUAGACCGGGCCUCUCGGAGGCGCUGGAGAUUCUCGACUACCUCGUGGGGCGGGGCAACAACUUUGCGCUGCAAAGGGCGCGGGAGGUGCGGCGGAUGCGGGAUCACCUGUCGACCUUCUUGGACAUACCCAAGAAUAGUCCCAGCGAGUUCCGCACGAAUCGGCCGGGGAUGGCGAGUAAGACUACAGAAGACGGUGAGCGGUCGUUAUCGACAACAAUAUUCUCGGCAACAGGCGACGAUGGCGACGAGACUCAGGCCGGUGCGACGACGAGCAGGUCUGUUGACAGGGGGGGGUCUGACGUCGUCUGGACGGGCUAG